CUUUGUUCAUUUUCAGUUAACAAUAAUCCAUUCAACUGAAUUUGUAUGUGUUGCUUGAACUUCUAGUGAAUGGAAUAUUCUGAGGUUGAAAAAUAUGCAGUUUUUUAUAAUUGUGUUUUAAUAUAACCCAAGAACUUGAACUGCUUCAAUGUUUAUCAGUUACGAUAAAAACAGCACACUGUUCCAGUGCAGCUGUCUUGGAUAUGAACCAAUUUUCAUGGUAGCUUAGGUUCAAUAUACAACUAGCAAGUUUAACAAGCAUCGACAUCAGGUUUCACUGGCUGUAGUAAAUGACUGACUUCAAGCAAGAACUAAACUUACUCUAUUGAAGAAGUAUGGAGUACAUUAAGGGUUUAAGUCAAAUUGGUAGAGGCCUGAAGACCUGUGAUGACAUCUUUCUGAGGAUCAACUAUCUCUAUACUCCUAUGUUCCUCAUUGGGGCAUCUCUUUAUAUCACAAUUGUCAUCAACUUUGGGGAGAAGAUACGAUGCUGGACUCCUGCCCAGUUCUCUGAUGCUCAUGUUGAUUACACCAAUGCACAGUGCUGGCAAAGUCAUACACAUUACCUCCCACUUGUUCAGGGGGUUCCUGUAGGGUUGGAUCUGCAGCGAGAUGCAAUAGAAGCCAAACAUCGCCAUGUUGCAUUGUAUUUUGUAUAUAUGGCAGUCUGUUUCUUCGCUCCCAUAAUUCUCUGGUGGGCUGUUACUGGAAAAUCUGGACUUGAUGUUGAUGCAGUGAUCAAAGAUGGUUCAAACCAGAACAUUCAAUCUUUUGUUGAUAAGUUUGGAGACUAUAUGAAGAAAGCAAAAUCUGACCCUGUAGCAAAGCUCUGUGCUUACUGCACAACCUUCUAUGGUACAUAUCUGGUGAUUGUCUUUGCCAUUGUAAAACUGAUCUAUGUUAUCAAUGUGAUUGUUCAACUUCGUAGAGUCGAUUCUUACCUUGCUGACCACAUCAAUGUGAAUGGGACAAUGAUUAAAAUCGAAGGUAGCUAUGCUGCAAAGGUUCUGGUUGAAUUAUCAACAUGGCAGCAUUGGACAUCUGGAUCUCAGACAUUUCCAGAUGUAAUCCUUUGUGAUUUUCAAACUCGUCAGCUUGGAAACGUGUACACUCAAACAUCACAAUGUAUCCUGCCUUUGAAUGAAAUGAACCGGGAUAUAUUCCGUGUUGUUUGGAUUUGGCUCUGCGUAUUGAUCCUAAUCAAUAUAUACGGCUUUCUUUCGUGGAUGAUUGCAGCUUGUAGAGGUCACAUGACAUCAAUUGUCUCCAGAGGUCUAAUGGCAUCCCAGCCAGGUGGUGCCAACAAUGCGUUUCUGAUGAAAGAUGGCGCUUUCUUACUUGGACUGAUCGAUCAAAAUGCUGAUAAGGGAGUGGCUGCGAGUGUUAUUGAAGCAUUGCUGAAACAACAAAAAGCAGAACAUGCCCCUCCUGAGAAUAUAGGAGGACAUCCAUCAGGACCACAGUCUGCUGGUAUUCAUAGACAGCCUAAGGAACAAUCUGGCCCUGCCUACGGGGCCUAUGGGG